UUGGGGCAGGCUUCCCUGUUGGUCUCAUGGGAGACAAGAGAACAGCGGAAGAAAUGGAGAGCGAAGUGACGUACGAAGGAAGGUUCAGUGAGGACGAGCCUUCGGAUAUUCAGACCAAGAUUUCCUCCCUUUCUUCGGGGGUUCAUGAAAAUCACGACAAGGGCUCUGCGGAGACAAAGAACCAGGACAAAAACAAUGAUGGCAAUUUCAGAAAAAGAAGUUUCAACAAGGGCCUAAUUCCAUAUGCACGUCGAAGGAGAAAAUCUAAGCAAGGAUCUGAUUCAAGUGAUUGGGAAGUUGCUUCAGCGAGCUUCCAUUCUCGUACAGAAUCGAGGAGACUCAUGCGAGUGAGCAGUGUCCUACGUGAGCCAUUACGUGAUAACUUAUUCGACCAUUGUUUUCGCAACAUAUGGAGGGAAUCUACAGCAGAGAAAAGGAAGGCAUGCACAUAUUUGAAUUGUUGGUGGUUUUAUAUGUACACAAAGGAACAUUGUAGACAAAGAGUGUUGACCUGGAUUAAGAAGGAGAAAAUAUUCUCAAAAAGAUAUGUCUUUGUCCCCAUUGUUUUAUGGUCCCAUUGGUUUCUCUUGAUCUUUUGUCACUUGGGUGAAAGCCUAGAGUCAAAUUCUAGAACUCCCUGCAUGCUUCUGCUGGACUCACUACAUACAUUGGGUCCUUUGCGACUUGAACCUCUAUUACGGAGAUUUGUCUUGGACAUAUAUGAAACCGAGGAUAGACCCGAGUGCAAAGAUAUGGUUCAAAACAUUCCUCUCUUAGUCCCACAGGUACCCCAACAGAGAAAUGGCGAGGAAUGUGGUAUUUUUGUUCUAUAUUACACCAAUCUAUUCUUGGAGAAUGCUCCUGAAAAUUUUAGCGUUUCCGAGGGCUACCCUUACUUUAUGAAACCGGACUGGUUCACCUAUGAAGAAUUAGAGGGAUUCUAUAAAAGACUGGAGUCUCUUGGGACUGAGUCAAGUGAUUCUGAGGAAUGACUUCCCAAAUUACUAUACCACUCGUAGGCUACUUCAUUGUGGUUGCUGUUAUGUAUUCUUCGAACUGGAUUUCAAUUCUUGAGUGGAAUUUGAACCAUUGGGAGGCAAAGCCUCAUUCACAGAAGAGCAGCCAGGUUCAACCCUGGGGAAACUUUUGCAUUCAGAUGUUGUAUAGUUCACAUGAGUUCGUAAUAGAAAACAAGUUUCAUUUUUCCUCAUGCUAUGUGACAGAUACUUUUCUGGAAAUGAUAUAGAUGUUUUUAAGCACAAGUGAUGGGGAUUC